ACUGGCUAAUGGUUAACAGGGAAUGUCCCUGCAGCUAGGGGCGCUCAUACCGUUCUGCACCUCCGUGGUUAUAGCCUGGGCCACAGUCAGGAUAGGGCUACUUCACGAGACACUUCCUGUUACCGGGUAAGGAGUGCCCAGUCAGAAGUGUGCCUGUGUGGAGUGCAGACAACAGCCAGGAAGCCCUGUGCGACCGGAACACAGAAAUUUACCUGCCUGAGGUGAGGAAGAUCAUGCUGAAAUGGAGGGCAGCUGGAGAGGUGUCCUGGCUGUGCUGGUCAUCCUGGCUGGGCUGACAGCUUCUGGAUCCAGUUAUCAGAUCAUAGAAGGUCCUCAAAAUGUAACAGUCCUGAAGGGCUCAGAGGCUCGCUUCAACUGCACUGUGACCCAUGGCUGGAAGCUUAUCAUGUGGGCUCUCAAAGAUGUUGUGGAACUGAGUAUCACUUCCCAGGAAACCAUCAUCACCAACGACCGUUUCACCUCCGCCAGUUACAAUGGGAGCAACAGCUUCAUUUCCGAGCUGAUCAUCCACGAUGUGCAGCCCAGCGACGAGGGGUCUGUACGGUGUAGCCUGCAGAACAGCGAUGUGUUUGGAACUGCCUUCCUCUCAGUGCAAGUUAUGGGGACCCUGAACAUUUCUAGCAACAGCCUUAUAGUCACGGAGGGUGAGCCCUGUAAUGUGACUUGCUAUGCUCUGGGCUGGACCCCACUUCCAGAUAUUUCCUGGGAGCUUGAGGUCCCAGUAAGCCAUUCCAGCUACUAUUCCCUUCUGGAUCCGGGUGAUUUUAUGAGGGCCUUGAGUGUCCUGACGCUCACACCGCUGGGCAAUGGUACCUUGACAUGUGUGGCAGAGCUGAUGAACCUCCAGGCCAGCAAGUCCUUAACUGUCAACCUGACUGUGGUUCAGCCCCCACCUGAUAAUAUUGGCGAGGAAGGCACAUCACUGCCUACCUGGGCCAUCGUCCUGCUGGCAGUGGCCUUUUCCCUGCUCUUGAUCCUGAUUAUCGCUCUGAUUAUAGUAUUUUGCUGCUGUGGUAUCUCCAGGAGAGAAAAAGAAGCAUCUAGUUAUCAAAAUGAAAUAAGGAGAACUGCAAACGUGAAGACAAACAAUGCAGAUCCUGAGACGAGGUUAAAAAGUGGAAAGGAGAACUUUGGGUACAGUUCGGAUGAAGCAAGGGCUGCACAGAUUGCUUCUCUCCCUCCUAAAUCUGGUGAAGUCAGCCUUCCAGAGCAACGCAGCCAUACCUCUCCUUAUAAGGAACCCAAAAUGCGUCAGCCCAGCCCAGCGGGUCAUCCACGGGUUUCCUCUGACACCGCCAGCCCUCAGAAGGUCAGAAACGUAACUUUGGUGUAGUAAAGACUCCCCAUGGCUGUGCUUUACACACAGCCACCAAGUUGACGCCAUCUUCUCUCCAUCCUGAGACUGGGAAGUUGACGCCAUCUUCUCUCCAUCCUGAGACUGGGUCUCAGCUUUGCCGAAGCCUCGGAGUCACCAGAGCUGAGGUUUUAUAGUGAUGGGAGGAAUCAGUUUUCCUCUAAACUGAAAAGAAUUUGAUUUUGAAGUGUCUCACGGUUUGGGUGAAUUCCUUACAGUGACUGAGCAAAACGUGAGGGUCUAUCAUGGAGAUACUCCUCAUGGACGACACUCCUGCCUGCUACACCAGCAGAAGGCAGAUAGGACUGGAUCUGCCAUGACCUUCAGAAUGUUUUUGUUGUCCUAGGUCGUGGUGAUAUGCUAUUUAUGUGCGUUUUAUAGCUAGGGGCAUUACUGCGUACUAUCAACAAACCAAGAGCAUAACAAUUACAAUCAACUGGACCUCUUUAAGUGGACUGGCCAUUCAGAGCUUGGUGGGUUAAAUAAAAGGAAAAACAGUGACAAGGUACGUGUCCAGAAGACAGGCACUCCUGGUUGCUCCCUCAGCCUUGUCCCCAUGUUUUUGGGUGAAUUAGGUGUGGAUUCUGCCCGAUAGGGGACCAAGCUCGAAUUCAGCCAGCAUCAUGAAAGAACUGGAAAGAGAUGCAUAUUCUUUAAUAAACAAAGAGAAAAAAAC